AGUUAGUAUGCGUAGAAGCUAUUGCAAAACAAACCGUUGAACUCUACUCUGUUCUUUCAGUUAGUAGUUGAUCUUUCUCGUGGUUGUAUCUCUUGUACAGGGUGUUCAGUUGUCUUGUCUUCUCGUUUGAGCUUUAUUUAAUUAAUUUAUCAUGGGUAAAGGAGAUCCCAAUAAGCCAAGGGGUAAAAUGUCCUCUUAUGCAUAUUUCGUUCAGACGUGUAGAGAAGAGCAUAAAAAGAAGCACCCUGAUUCUACGGUAAACUUCGCUGAAUUUUCCAAGAAGUGCUCUGAGAGGUGGAAGACCAUGUCUGCAAAGGAAAAAGCUAAAUUUGAAGAACUAGCGAAAAGUGAUAAGGCGCGUUAUGAAAGGGAGAUGAAAAACUAUAUUCCCCCUAAAGGAGAGAAGAAAGGAAAGAAAAAGAAGGACCCAAAUGCUCCUAAAAGACCACCAUCUGCUUUCUUUUUGUUCUGUUCCGAACAUCGUCCAAAAAUCAAAGGAGACAACCCGAGUUUAUCUAUUGGAGAUAUCGCAAAGAAGUUGGGCGAAAUGUGGGCGGAGCAGAGCGCGAAAGACAAAAUACCCUUUGAACAGAAAGCUGCAAAACUAAAAGAAAAAUAUGAAAAGGAUGUUGCUGCGUAUCGUUCAAAGGGUAAAGCAGAUACCGGGAAAAAGGCUCCAGCCAAGGCUGCUCCCCCUAAGAAAAAAGUAGAACAAAGGGAAGAGGAGGAUGAUGAUGAGGAGGAAGAUGAAGAGGAGGAAGAGGAAGAAGAUGAGGAGGAAGAGGAUGAUGAUGAAUAAACUUUGUAAACGUAUGCUGGAGCAUUGCAAUGAAUGUGAACUCAAUUGCAGCUAAUCUAGCUUAACAGACUGUACAGAACUGUGUAUAGUUAAUAUUGUAAUUUUAUGUAGUUGAAUUUUCUCUACAAAUGUAUGUAUUAGUCUGUGGGCACUGCAACUGCUUUUGGUUAGGGAGCCUUAUGAAUUGAGAUUUCUGCCUAUUUAAAUGUGUGAAUUUUUAAAUGCCUUAUGUUUUAAAUGUAGAACAGUGUUAUUUUUUCUACUUGACCCCAAGACUUCAAUUUUUAUAAUAAAAUUAUGUAUAUUCAGGUCUACCACA